UUUCUCACAACGACAACAAGCAAGCAUGGCGACCACAUCUGGGAACGCAGGUGCCGCCUCCGAUUAUAAGGAUAAUGCUACUCACGGAGGAUAUGACAGUGAAACCACGGGUCCGGAUUCAGCCCCGGGAAGUGCUCCACAACCAAAACCCGUCUGUCUCAUUGUGAUGGGGAUGGCGGGGUCUGGGAAAACUACCUUUGUUCAGAGACUCAUCGGUUACCUUCACACAAAGAGAUCUCCCCCCUACGUGAUCAACCUUGACCCUGCAGUUCACGAAGUACCUUUCCCAGCCAACAUCGAUAUCCGUGACACUGUCAAUUACAAAGAAGUUAUGAAACAGUACGGACUGGGACCCAACGGCGGAAUCGUCACAUCACUCAACCUGUUUGCUACUCGUUUUGAUCAGGUUAUGAAGUUCAUUGAGAAGAAACAAGACAAUCACCAGUAUGUUCUGAUUGACACUCCAGGACAGAUAGAGGUGUUCACUUGGUCAGCCUCGGGCACCAUCAUCACUGAAGCCUUGGCCUCGUCCUUCCCGUGUGUGGUCAUCUACUUGAUGGACACGUCUCGCAGCGUUAACCCUGUCACCUUCAUGUCCAACAUGCUCUAUGCCUGCAGUAUUGUCUACAAGACCAAGCUUCCCUUCAUUGUAGCCAUGAACAAGACAGACAUAAUUGAUCACAGCUUUGCCGUGGAGUGGAUGCAGGACUUUGAGGUGUUCCAGGAUGCGCUGAACCAGGAGACCUCAUAUGUCAGCAAUCUGACCCGAUCCAUGAGCCUUGUACUUGAUGAGUUCUACACCAACCUGCGGGUUGUGGGCGUGUCUGCAGUCACAGGUAGUGGAUUGGAUGAACUCUUUGUGCAGGUGACGGAUGCAGCAAAGGAGUACGAGACGGAAUAUCGGCCAGAAUAUGAUAGGCUUCAUAAAGAGUUGACUAAUGCUCAGACCAGGAAGCAGCAGGAACAGUUGGAGAAACUACAGAAAGAUAUGGGAGCAGUGUCCAUACAGACCAUACCUCAGACAGGUGUGUGUGUGCACGCUCAUGAGUCUUGUUUAAAUGUGUCUGUUCACGUGUUUACGUUUUUUGUCUCUUCCUCCCCAGGCAGCGCCUAUGUGGCGGGCCCCAGUGAUUUAAUUUUCAUGCGGGGUAACCCUGAUGAAGUCGAGGAGGAAGUGGACAGCGACACAGAUGACAUUGAUCACGCGGUGAUGGAAGAGAGCAAAGAAGAGCCAGCUUUUGGGAACUUCCUAAAGGAAAGGAAGGAAGUGGUGCAGGUCCGGAACAGGAAGUCGCAGUAACCUAUACAGAAACACCUGCCUUUUGACCACUGUCCCAUAGCCCCCGGGACUACUUCCUCUUCAGAUAACUCAGAGGCAACAAGGAGAUGGCAUGGCAAAACUGAUUAUCUGCCCCUUGGGCCAGUCACAGAAGUGUUGUCAUGUAUAUGGGAUGGACAGGGAAGAUAAAUUGUUAAAUUAUUGAAAUGCAUCCCUUAACUGAAGGACUGAAAGUAGAGACUAACAAUCUACCAUUAAAAAAUAAGCUUGCUUUGUCAGCCAGAAGCUGUUAAAAGAUGUUGAUGUCAGGGAUACUACUAAUUUGUAGGACUGAAUGGCAGCAAAACAAUUAUGGAAUGUGCUUGUUUUUGCUUUUUAAUUAGGGUAAAUGUCUUAAAAAAUAUAUAUAUUUUUAUAUUAUGUAGAACUAAAUAAUUGUGUUCCUUUUGGUUUUCAUCGAAAAGCAAACACUUCAUUUGUAAAAAGGCUUGCAUAGCUUCCAAAUUCACAAAGCAGAAUAAAGUGGCAAAAUCUC